AUGUCCCGCGCCGCGUUGACUGCUUAUUUCAAUAACAUAAAGUUCCUGAGAAAAACUGUUCUCGUUCAAGAAAACGAUGUUGUUAACGCGUUUUCAGCCCUUAACCGGUGCGUCAUUUGUCACUUUUGCAGUUAUCGUUGCCCGCCCUUUGGAGGACUGUUUCAGGUUUUCCGUUCAUAUGUGAAUUAAUUGCGUUCAUACAUGUUAGAGAUAUGUUAUAUAAGUUUAUUCGAUACUUCAUUUACCGGUUCAUGUGGUCCUCCCCAGAAACCCACCUUUUCAAGGAGAAGAAAUCCUGGCCUUUUGUUUUUUGAGUUCGUAGUGGGCAAUAUUAAUAUUGCUUCUUAAGAAAUGAGUCACACUUCGUAAUCAUAAUACACCUUUCUGUUUAUGAUUCCCUCAGUAAAUAUCUUUUUAUGUGAGUCCCAAAAGGCCCUGCGCGACUUGCAAACCGUCUACUUAGGGAUCGCGUAUAUCUUUUGUUGGGAUUCAACGUAGGAAUGCUCUCCCGCAGUCUAUGAGGACCCUCAGUAAAUAUCUGUGAUAAAGUCGUUGCCAAAAGAGGUAAAAAUAGGAAGAUCAGGUUUCGAAAUGGAGGUACAUCUUGUGGCUGUAGCCGAAUUAUCACCAGUUCCCGAAUGGCCAGUAAUUUAGCGCGUACUUGUGAGCUGGUAAUUUUCUGACGCGUACAUCCUAGGUACGCCUCUAGGCGACUGAAAGAAGUUUGGAAACAAACAGUAUUUCAUCGUCCGGAAGAAGUGUCGUGCCGCCCUUAACAGCAUUUGUACGGGAUGACGGUCAUUUUAGCACGUCAUUAGUAUAACACAUUAAUCUCUGCAUUCGUCGCGUCGUGGAAGAAGGGUUGGUGAGUCCUUAAUCUUCACGUCCCCCAUUGGGGACGUUUUGACCCUGACGAUUAUCGUUAACGUCUAAAGAGACUGUAUCUAUAGUCACAGUGGCGAAGGUCGAGUGCUUAACUUUGACUAGCGAACGGUGCCAGUCCUCGGCACUUUUAUGAAAUUGAAAACCGCCGCAGAAACGCCCUCAAUAUCUGGACGUUUGGAGACAGUUUUCCAUCUCUCUUGUCCUCAUAUCGGUCAGUUCUUCCUUUUCACAUCAUUAGUGGCGACAAUGAGGCAGUCUGUGAGUGCUCAAAUUUGAGCCUCCCUAGGUGAGCCGAUUGACUACUCGCAGUUUCUCAAAUUGAAAGUUAGGAGGGAUAAGGUCGUUGGGCAACCCUCACUGAGCGUACAUGCGGCCCAGUGGGCAGAGGGAACAAUGGUUUCAACUAACCAUGUGCCAUCCGUCUAGAUUAGUAAUCCCAUCGUGAAGUGCGUGCCUACAUCUCAGCCUUGUGCGAUUGCUGCCAAUAGAUCGACACAGACAACUAUCGACCGGCAUUACGGCGUCGGUGAGCCGAAGACUGGGUCGCACGCACGCAGUGACCAAUAAACAUCGACUUAAACAAAGUUGAAUAAGGCUAAUGUAAGAAAGAGCACAAAAACGGUGUACCUUCAAAAAUCCGUGUUCAGAUGUGAGGUUUGUAAAGGUGGCUAACGUAGUGCCCGCCGACGAGCCCAAAGACCGUCGAGAAAACUACACUAAAGGGCAAAUGAGAUGUGAAAACACAUGAAUGGGAAAGGCGGUCAGGAAAAUGCGCUUGACGACCACUAAGAGUGGUGCAAAUGGCAGUAUCACUGAAAGAGUUGCGAGUAAGGACCGGUGGAGGGAGGGGAGGUGGGAUGGAAAAAGUAAGAGGGAGCAGGACAUCAGCGCAUUGUUGUCAUUACGGCCGGUCUAGCGUUUCAUGUGGAACAGCAGCGCUGUCCUGCGGAACGCCGACCACAUUAAGCAAGUGUCGAUAUUGUGUGUGAGAGUAUGCCGAACAAUGUUUCAAAUGGCGAUUCUAGGAGCUUCCGCACGCGGUUACAUCGGAGGAACACGAAAAUGCAGUUGUCCAGGCCCUUUUCAACACAAGAAUCGAUGGAUGGACUUCGCGGUGGAAGCGGAGACCGCGAAAGCAUAGAUAGUCGCAGACGGGGCAUAAAGUUGCCAAGAUCCUCAUUGACACCGGGAGAGGUGGGGGGUGAUCAUAUCGCUUGGCAUUUGGAGUCUGGCAGUGUCGAGCAUUAGUUCUGCUGCGCCGAGCCAAAAUGCGACUUCGAUGCCGCGCGAAUGCUAAAAGGCGCCAGAGGCAGAUGGUCAGAAUAGUUCACUGGGUCCUUUGUGACUUGCAGAGAGCCCUUGAGAUGACGGUGAAACGCCCGACGAUGCAUUGGCUGCUGGGUGGUAAGCCGUCGUCCGAAUGCGUGAGGAGCCAAGAAAGAUGAGGAGGUAUUGGAGGCCUGAGGACUCGACCUGGACGCCUGGGCCAGUUGAAGUACUAUUGAUGGGAUGUCGAACCUCCUGAUCAAACGACUGAAGAAGACCUUAGGCGAUAGUGUCCGCCCCCACAUUCGAUGGAGGAAUGGCUUCAUACCAGUGGGUGUAAUAAUCGAUGCAGAUAAGGCGAGUGUAACCGUCAGAUGGGAUCAGGAGGCCUAUGGCAUUCAGAUGAACAUGACUGAGUCGGGUGUCGAGGCUGGGAAAGGUGCCUGGUGGACUUGUGUUGUUGCCGAACCUUGUUUAGCUGGCAACUGGAACACGCCUGUGUCCAAGUUUGUACGUCCUUGUUCAUGCCAGGCCAUGCGAACCGUUCAUCGAGAAGCUUUUGUGAGGCUCAUAUCCCAGCGUGGGAGAUUCCAUGGAGGGAUUAUAAAACAGCCCGUCGCAUCGAGGUGGGCACUAGGGAGUAAUAAGAAGUAUUUGAGGGACUACAAAGAAUUGUGACAGCACUGAAGGUCCGAGGAACUUCAAGGUGUCUAAUCUUCCUUAGAGUAUAAUUUUCCAAGUACUGUCCCAGGACGGACCUCAUCGACUGGUGUUAAGUGUGAUUUGUGAUCCCACAGCCGUCGUGGAAGUCGCGGAAAUACUCCACAGUGAAGUAAAUUGCCAGUAGUUCACGUGAUACUGUGGCCUGGCAUACUUUUUCGCUUUAAUUUCUUGGAGAAUAAGGCUAAUGACAUAGUCGAACCAGCUGGAUGUUGUUGAAAAUCCACACCAACAGCUGCUGUCGAAACAUCUACAAUCAGACACAGGAGCUUCAGGAGCGGGACGUAUCCUCAAGUAAAGCCUUGAUUCUCUCAAAAGCAGUCAUUGCUUCGCCAGUAAACUCAAAGGGACCAUUUGGGCUAGAAAACCUAUUGGCGAACGACAUCAUUAGGUCAGCACAAUCGGGUAGCCAAGGGGAGUUAAAGUUGACCAUGUCAAGGAAACAUGGCAAUUGACGCUUGAGGGUUGGUGGACGAGAGACAUGAAUACUUUCAACCUUGGUCGACGGAGAACGCAAGCCCCCGGAGUCGACACAAUAACCGGCGAAAUCAAGGAAAGUCACACUUGAAACGCAUUUGUAUGGAUUGAUGAUGAUACUGCACACGUCGAGACGAUCAAGCAUCAAGCUGAGGUGUUGCUUGUGUUCCUCAGCAUUCCGACGGUCCACUAUGAGAUCAUCGAUGUAGGCGUACAGAAACGGCAUGUCACGUAAUAUAUGGUAUAUGAACUCCUGGAAUAUCUGGACAGCAGCGCGAAGGUCGAAGUGUAUGAGGCUGAAUUCGAAGAGGCCGAACUGAGUAGUGGCGACAUUUCGGGAAUGUACCUUAGGGCGACAAAUAAUUGGUAGAAGGCAUGCGCCAGGUCAGUUUCCAAGAAGACGGUUUUUUCGAGAAAGGCUUCGACAAAGUCCUGAUGUACUAGGUACCGACUGAAAGUGGUGACGUUGCUGGGUCCACGGAUCGCCAGUCGCCUGAUGUUGCCUUGGGCCCCAUAUGAAGAGGGGACACCCAGAGACUGGGACGGUCAUAUGAUGUUGAGUUGUGCCAUGAGUUAGAACUCGGCCUUAGCGGCUCGCUGGCGGAUCAGCGCCAGUCAUCCGGACCAGGUGAACACAAGAACGCCUGCGGUGUAGGUAUGACGCACAACAUCGUGUUGGACUGCGGAACCGUUGUUUGGCGAUGUUGGGAUGUUGGAGGAGGCACUCUCGAUAAGGGCGGGCUAUAUCUGUAUCCAAAACAGAUAAUUUGCGGGAGGUUGUAAAGGGGGUCAAUCCGUCAACGAAUAGGCCAGUCGAGAGGCCGAGGAGUCGACCACACCGACGGUCCACGAGGAGAUAAAACUCGGCUAGAAAGUUCGAGCAGAGAAUUGCAUUUGGGAUACCAGCAAUCACGAAGACCCAAGCGAACGAUGAAGGCCAAUGUUCGAUGGUAUGGACUGGAUGCUAAACAUGGGAAUGGGAAAGCAGUUGGCAAUUUGAAGGUGAAGACCAGUCUUGGGCCGAGGGCGGUCGGGUGGGGAGGGAAGAACCACGUCGAUCUGGGCUCCGAUGUCUACGAAGAAAUGUUUGCGAGUCAGGCUGUCACAGACAUAGGAGGUGCAACCAGAUUUAAAGGAGACAAGAAGGUUGACUGCGCCAAUCUUCAGGUUAAUCUGUCCCAUCCUCGGGCUUUGCUUCCAGGCGAAAUAGCAAAGAGAGCUACAGCAAAGAGCUUUGCCGUAGAAUGUGAUAUGAUAAAGCAAGUAGUAAGUAUGCUUGGGCGAGAUCAAGGAUUAGGCUGGACUUGCUGGGUAGGCUGCUUGCUGUCGAAUGAAGUUAAAUCUGAUGGGGAUUUGUCACUCCUGACUUCAAGUUUGAGAGAACAAAUACGCAGGUUGGGAUAUCUCUUGGUGGAACUGUAAAAUACUCCGUCACAUCGAAGUGAACACGAAGGGGGUAAUUAGAAUUAGUUGAGAAGCCACAAGUUAUUGUGCCAGCACUGGAGGUCAGACGAACGCCCACGAGUUGUAAACCUUCAACCGAUUCUUUUUCACUCGGCGACCAUGACAGAAAACUCGAAUUCAAGGGAGAGCUAGAGUGCGAAUAGUGAAUUAAUGGACAGCACUUCAGUCAUCUCUUGCCAUUGAUGUGGCGCCUAUGCCUGAGGAAAGAUUCUGUAGAAUAAACUCUGACCACUAGAGCGAGAAGUUUAUUCGCCUGAACCUUCAGACUCUUACUCGAACUCAACGUUAGAGACGGUUUCGAACAAUAUCGAUUUGAUUGUCUCAUCAAAAGUCCUUCUGGACAAUGGAGACGAACCCAGUCAAACCUGAGAGAGUAACGUGAUGCAAUAGACGCAUAUUAACAAUCUUCGGUCAACUAUAGUCGUUUGCCAGGCAUGGUUAGAAAAUUGUUUGCAUUUGUACGUCGUCUACACGCCUGACGAUGACGACGACAACAACAUAAUAAACGUUGUUCCGUACCCAAGAUAUUUUUUCCCUUGAUUAUUAUAUUUCAUGGGAUGUCUGUUUUUUUUAAAUGCAUACAUGCAUGUCUGUUCGAUCGUCAACGUCGACGUUCUCUGCGUGUCCCACGGAAUGGGCGCAACACUGGCGUGCAAUUAAAUUAGUCAGGCACACUCGCGCAACAUUCACCACACUCUCUCUACCCUCACCUACCUAGUUCCGAUGACAGGGCAGUGUUAAGACAACCAGAGAUGCACAUAGACGCAGUAACUGGCAAAAUUUAGUAGCCCGUCCACGGUGACACGUGACCUGGCCCCCACUCCAGAUGUAUCGGGCUCGGAUCUCGCACAGAUGAGAGUACCACAAGAGCCACAUUAAGAUGGCGCCAUUACAGCCUGGCUGUCAGUCCGGAGAAGGACCAAGUUAUCACGUCUGUUAACGCUUUCGCCAUCAUUAGUCCGAACGAGCUUCCGGAAUUUAUCCAACACUUGAAUCCCGUCUCAGUAAAUAUCCAGAAUGACAAAAGAAAAGACCGUUGUUUGUCGUUUCUGAACGCAGCUGUCUUCAGAGGAAGCGAUGAGGAACUUAGAGCAGCCGUACUGCAAGUUUUCAUAACAACUACUCUGUUUCACACAGUAGCCACGUAGAAUCACUUGAACGCCAUGUGGGAACGGAUUUCAACAUGCCAGGCGACAAAAGGUCCAGAUUUCAGUUUCUUCGGAAAUUAUUCACAGCCGGCGGGUGCCCUGAUAGUUUUACCGAAGAAUAUAGACGAAAUGCCAGUAGAAGAAGCCUGAGGAUGCAAUCAUAAUUGAGCGAUUGCUGACUUGUCCGAAAGGAGUUACUAAAUUAAUGAAAAAGUUGCAGUUGGAGUCGCUUACAAGACGGAAGCGACUAUCCAAUAGCAGCUCAUUCGCCCAAACAACCCAGUACCAAUUGGCUGAAAAUUUAACGUCGUUUACCAGGUUGUGUGCAGGCAUAGACGACGUAAUUGUGUUGAGAGGAGGGAUCCACAGCAGAAUGCACAGACACGAUAUAACCGCGAGUUGGGAGUGCAAACUUUUCUGGACGUCUACCCGCUCGUCCUCGUCAGGCUGCAGCUUUCGAUUGCGCGAAAAUCGUGAGUCAAUGAAAUUACCCAAUUUCGUGAUUUUGUUAUGAUGCGUGGCAUUCGACCAAUAGACACAUUAAUCGGCCUUCCGCGUAUCAGCCGUGUCGCUAGCGAGUCAGUGGUUGAGUUGAAGGUCACUCUCGAUCGAGACCAGUGAAAUGCCGACUGAUUUGUGUCCUUGCUUUAUUUUAAUGCAGUGCACCCUCACACCCUAAUUUCAGACUUUAAAGCUCUUCUCGACUCUUAGUGUUCGGUCAUUUAGUUUAGUGAUAGUAUCUUUAAAACAUUUUGUAUUGCGUGCGGACACCUAAUCACUUACUGUCUGUUUUUUUAACCAAAGUACCGUUAGCAUCAGUAUCAAUCCUACUCCCGUCUUUCAUUCCCCUUGUUAAUUUGUACUAGGAUAAUGCGAAAUGACAAGAUUAUUAAUUCAAUCAAACGCCAGGAAUAUUACGAAAAGCCCAACCGUAUGCGCCGGAGAGUAAUGUACGAGCGGUGCAAACGAAUUUAUGACAACGAAAUGGCACGAAAAAUCAACUUCGUAAUGCGUACUGACCGAGCGGAACCAUGGAUUCGAUAG